GAGAUUUUGGUGAAGGACCUGUAAGAAUGGUCAUGUGACAGGAGUGGGCGGGGCUCAGCUGUGUGAAGAGAAGUCGGAAGCUGAUCCGGUUGUCUCCUCUUCUCCUGAAUGACCCCCAAGGAUGGACAAGGAGAGGAAUGAGAUGACUAAGAGAAUAUUACACUUCACCUUGGAGAUCAUCCACCUGCUGACCGGAGAGGAUUACACCAUAGUGAAGAAGACAUGGGGGGAGUGUGUGGCCCCCAGCAGCCAUCUCCAUGAGUCAGGAGGACGGAGCAGGGUCUGGGGCCCCAUCAUGGAGCCUCCACCUCUCUCACUGAUACAUGAGAAGAAGAUCCUAGAACUCACCCACAGGAUCACUGAGCUGCUGACUGGAGAGGUUCCUAUAAGGUGUCAGGAUGUGGCGGUCUAUUUCUCCAUGGAGGAGUGGGAGUAUGUAGAAGGACACAAGGAUCUGUACCAGGACAUAGUUAUGACGGAGGAUCACCGGCCCCUCACAUCACAAGAUGAAGUCAUUGAUAGAAAUCCACCCGAGAGGUGUCCCCGCCCUCUGUAUUCCCAGGACUGUCCAGAGGGAAAUGUCCCAGAUAAGCAUCAGGGUGAAGAUCUGAUGGAUAUUAAGGUUGAGGUUAAAGAUGAACCAGAAGAGGAGACGGAUUUCGGGGCCGAUCAGCAGUAUGGAGUCAUUGAUAAAAAUCCACCCGAGAGGUGUCCACGUCCUCUGUAUUCCCAGUACUGUCCAGAAGGAAAUGUCCCAGAGAAGCAUCAGGGUGAAGAUCUGAUGAAUAUUAAGGUUGAGGUUAAAGAUGAACCAGAAGAUGAGACGGAUUUGGGGGCCGAUCAGCAGUAUGGAGUCAUUGAUAGAAAUCCACCCGAGAGGUGUCCCCGCCCUCUGUAUUCCCAGGACUGUCCAGAGGGAAAUGUCCCAGAGAAGCAUCAGGGGGGAGAUCUGACUAAUAAUAAAGUGGAGGAUGAAGAAGAGAGGAUGAGGGGCCAUCACCCGUGUAUGAGGGAAGUGAAGGAGGAAAUUCCAGGAGGUGUUACCCCGGGAAAAGAAGAUGGAGAGAUCAUGGAGCGCUACUCAGGAGAAGAUGGAGAGAUCAUGGAGCGCUCCGCAGGACAAGAUGGAGAGAUCAUGGAGCGCUCCUCAGGAGAAGAUGGAGAGAUCAUGGAGCGCUCCUCAGGAGAAGAUGGAGAGAUCAUGGAGCGCUCCUCAGGAGAAGAUGGAGAGAUCAUGGAGCGCUCCUCAGGACAAGAUGGAGAGAUCGUGGAGCGCUCCUCAGGACAAGAUGGAGAGAUCGUGGAGCGCCCCUCAGGAGAAGAUGGAGAGAUCGUGGAGCGCCCCUCAGGAGAAGAUGGAGAGAUCGUGGAGCGCCCCUCAGGACAAGAUGGAGAGAUCGUGGAGCGCCCCUCAGGAGAAGAUGGAGAGAUCAUGGAGCGCCCCUCAGGAGAAGAUGGAGAGAUCGUGGAGCGCCCCUCAGGAGAAGAUGGAGAGAUCGUGGAGCGCCCCUCAGGACAAGAUGGAGAGAUCGUGGAGCGCCCCUCAGGACAAGAUGGAGAGAUCAUGGAGCGCUCCUCAGGAGAAGAUGGAGAGAUCAUGGAGCGCUCCUCAGGAGAAGAUGGAGAGAUCAUGGAGCCCUCCUCAGGAGAAGACCUCCUUACCCCUAAUGUCCAUCCAGAUCUAUCCUAUAAUAAUCCCCCUGAUCAUGAGGAACCUUCUCCUGACCAACCACACAUUGUUACCACAAGGACAGAGAAGAAAGGGGGGGAAAGGAUUCAAUGUGAUGAAUGUGGGAAAUGGUUUACUAGAAGAUCAGAUCUUGUUAAACAUGAGAGAAGUCACACAGGAGAGAAGCCGUAUUCAUGUUCAGAAUGUGGGAAAUGUUUUACAUAUCAAUCAGAUCUUGUUAAACAUAAUAGAAUCCACACAGGAGAGAAGCCGUAUUCAUGUUCAGAAUGUGGAAAAUGCUUUAUAACCAAAUCACAUCUUGUUAGUCAUGAAAGAAUUCAUACAGGAGAGAAGCCGUAUUCAUGUUCAGAAUGUGGAAAAUGCUUUAUAAGCAAAUCACAUCUGGUUACUCAUGAAAGAAUUCACACAGGAGAGAAGCCGUAUUCAUGUUCAGAAUGUGGAAAAUGCUUUAUAAGCAAACCAAAUCUUGUUAGUCAUGAAAGAAUUCACACAGGAGAGAAGCCAUAUUCUUGUUCAGAAUGUGGAAAAUGUUUUAUAAAGAAAGCAAAUCUUAUUGACCAUGAGAGAAUUCACACAGGAGAGAAGCCGUUUUCAUGUUCAGAAUGUGGGAAAUGUUUUACAUGUAAAUCAGAUCUUGUUAAACAUAAUAGAAUCCACACAGGAGAGAAGCCGUAUUCGUGUUCAGAAUGUGGAAAAUGCUUUAUAAGCAAAUCACAUCUUGUUAGUCAUGAAAGAAUUCACACAGGAGAUAAGCCGUAUUCAUGUUCAGAAUGUGGAAAAUGCUUUAUAAGCAAAUUCCAUCUUGUUACUCAUGAAAGAAUUCACACAGGAGAGAAGCCGUAUUCAUGUUCAGAAUGUGGAAAAUGCUUUAUAAGCAAAUCACAUCUUGUUAGUCAUAAGAGCAUUCACACAGGAGAGAAGCCAUAUUCAUGUUCAGAGUGUGGGAAAUGCUUUAGACUGAAAACAGAUCUUAUUAUACAUGAGAAAAUUCACACACAAGAGAAGGCGUAUUCAUGUUCAGAAUGUGGGAAAUGUUUUACAAGGAAAACAAAUCUUAAUGUACAUGAGAGAAUUCACACAGGAGAGAAGCCAUAUUCAUGUUCAGAAUGUGGUAAAUGCUUUAUUAAUAAAUCACAUCUUGUGAGACACAAUAGAAUUCACACAGGAGAAAGGCCAUAUUCAUGCUCAGAAUGUGAAAAAUGUUUUGUACGAAAACAAAAUCUUGUCGCACAUAAGAGAAUUCACACAAGACAGAGGCCACUUUGAUGUUCAGAAUUCAGAAGAGAAUAAACCCCGCCCCCAUAACUAUACCUGAUUGGACAGAAUUGUGGCAGAACAUGCACCAGAAUAAUGUUGUGUAGAAUUAAUUACUUCAUGUAACAGUCAUAAUAAGGUGCGACCGGGGCCAAAUCCUGUGUAUUAUAUCAUUUAGUGAUGAAUAAAGUCUUUACCGCAUUUUAUUAUUGUAUCGUCUAUUUACUCCAUAUUUCUAUUAGUCUUAAUGUGAUACUGCAGAACCUCUAUAUAAGAUCAUCACAUCCUGAUAUACUGCAGAACCUCUAUAUAAGAUCAUCACACCCUAUAUACUGCAGAACCUCUAUAUAAGAUCAUCACAUCCUGAUAUACUGCAGAACCUCUAUAUAAGAUCAUCACAUCCUGAUAUACUGCAGAACCUCUAUAUAAGAUCAUCACAUCCUGAUAUACUGCAGAACCUCUAUAUAAGAUCAUCACAUCCUGAUAUACUGCAGAACCUCUAUAUAAGAUCAUCACAUCCUGAUAUACUGCAGAGCCCUCUAUAUAAGAUCCUCACACCACUCUCUCCAUUACACACAGGUUACACCAUUAUUUCACACACCCGUCUCUUCCCAGACCAUUUCCGGACACUCAGCAGAAGGAAAGUUGGUGUCAUGGCGUCAAUCACAUGUCCCGCCAUCCACAGACACUUUCAUUUCUAGUAGUUUCAUGAAGAAGAAAACAGGACGGCUACAGCCCGGAACCAUCAUCUCUUCUGUUUGGAUGGUUGUUUUGGAAUGCGGAGGCCUCGUGGUGAUCGCUUCCAUUCUGCCAUUGGUGCGGAGCGACACGCUGCCCCCUGCUGGGGUGAUGAUUUGUGAUCCGAGGGACAGUGACAGCUCCGCUAUAUGUCCGCGCCUCCCAGACGUGUCCAAUGAGCGUGCGCUAAUCUUUGAUGACUUCCUCCAUUUCACAAACCAUAUUCGGUCCCUUUCUUAUCUCUAUGGGACAUGGGAGUAAUGUCACCUAUGGGGGCGCUAUUUAAGUCUGUUGUUUCCAUUGGGAAGCGAUGUGAAUCCAGGCUGCCAGCAAUAUGAAGCUGGAGAAUUUAACCACUUGGGACCGCAUACGGGAGGAGGGCACUAAAAAGGCAAAAAGCUGGUGUAAAAGGGGCAGGAAAAAAAUGUUAAUUCCUUUAAAGGGGUACUCCACCCCUAGACAUCUUAUCCGCUAACCAAAGAAUAGGGGAGAAGAUAUCGUGAGGAUCCCGCCGCUGGGACCUCCCGC